CUCUAUGGUUGUUGACAGCUGUUUGAUUCAUGAUAUGCUUGCUUCAUUCAGUUUUUACUUCUGUUUUGAAAAAUCCUUAACAUUUGUUAACAAACAGGAUCGUGGGCUUUUGUUAAUUACUUAAACACUAGACAUACAAGUCACACACCCACUUUCUAGACCUAACUAUCAAAGAGAUUUCAUGUUUCUUAGAUAUCAGCAAAUGAAGGAAUUGUUUGUCAGCACUCUAUACCUUUUUCAGACUUGAGUUAGGCCAAGAUAUUAAAGACUGUGAUGGUGAACAAUCUAUCAUAAUAUCAGCACUCAGCUGCAAGAAUUGAACCUAACCGACACAAUGUGUGAGUCCCAGCCCUAUAUGCCAGGAAGGCCAGUACCAAGGGCAGAUAAUUACACUCCUGUUAUUCCAAGGGCCAAGCGAUCAGAAACUGGAGCUACAAUCAUUCAGAUAACUUCUGAACCAUACACAGAACAUUCUAUAAUGCAAGCAUAUGGAAGUCCUUCUGGAAUUACCAACCCAGGAAAUAAGACAGAGCAUGCUAUUAAAGAACUUGAGUCUGGAAUAGUUGUAACAUUAUACCAUGUGAAGAAACGUCCAGAAAAUUUGACGUUAUGCCUGCGUUCCCAGUUGUUUACCAUGGUUUUUGUUCGAGCCUUGGGAGGGAAACCCGUAUAUACAGUGGAUUUGAGUCAGCUGAAAGAAAUAGUAACAGACCCCCUCCCUAGGUUAGCAAGAUGCCCAGAAGGAGUGUUUGUAGAGAAACCAGAGUUGGCCAUCACAAUUUACUUUGGUGCUACAUUCAUGCUGAACUCACUAACUUUCUCAGUAAAAGACAGAACAGAUUUUACUGUUAUAGAGGUAGCCAUCAGGGACUGUUUGGAGAAAAUUGCAAAUGAAAAUGCUUAUAGCCGAAAACAAAGAUGGUUGUAUAGGGAAUACAGUAAAAUCCAGCAGCUAAGCGGAGGUUUUCUACACUCAAGUAAAGAUGGGAAGUUUCACCGCCACAGUAAAGAGGUGUAUGAGCCGAGAAUCAACAUUAAGCAGAUCAUGACAUGGUUGUUACAGCACACAGACUCUAUAACUAAACACUACCUGAUGCUAACUAAAGGGAAACUCUGCUUCAGCUCAGAUUCUCUUGAGAUCCACCAGUUCUCUCAGUUGCUGAGUGAAUUAUUUAAGCCAAAUCCAGUUGUGGAGCGAUUACUUAAAGAUUAUGGACAGAGUUUGCCUGACUGUAAUUGUAUACUUUCAUCCGCUUCAUUUAAUAAGUUUUUAACAUCUGAGCAAAAUGAAGAAGUUGACCCUAGUUUCAUCACCAGGUUAAUGUCCACAUGUCUAGCCCCAACUAAAGGUCCAUUUUUUGACUUGCGUUUUACUGCUAGAGAGUUUGAAGACUACCUUUACUCAGAGUCCAAUUCUAUUCUGGAUCCCAGAGAGAGAACGGUCCACCAGGACAUGGGAUACUCAUUGUCCUGUUACUGGAUUGCGUCCUCCCAUAACACAUAUCUAACUGGAGACCAGUGGAAAAGUGAAUCUCAUGUUGAAGCUUAUGUCCGCAGCUUACAGAUGGGAUGUCGAUGUGUUGAGUUGGACUGCUGGGAUGGUCCAGAUGGUAAACCAAUUAUCACUCAUGGGAAAACACUGACAGGAAAAAUCCGGGUGGUGGAUGUCCUAAAGACCAUCAAAGAACACGCUUGGGAAGUGUCAGAGUACCCUCUUAUUUUAUCACUUGAGAACCACUGCAACUUAGUCCAACAAAGAAUAAUAGCAACACAGCUGAAAGAAAUAUUUGGAGAUGAGCUUCUUACUGAACAGGUGGAUGUCAAUGAGACUUGUCUCCCCUCUCCACAGAAUUUGCUUAGAAAAGUCAUCAUUAAGAACAAGAAACUUCAGAGAGAUGGAAGGCUGAUGGAAAAUAAAAAUUAUGUUGAUUUAGCUGAUUUAAAUGACAAUGAUACCAAGAAGCAUGCCAUACUGCACAUGAAAUAUGCAGCAGAAAGGAAAUGGUACGAGUACAAUGUUGUCCUGACUGACACCCACAUAUGUUUUACACCGCAUGUGGUAGAGGUGGAGGAGGAAGUAGAGUUUGAGGAGAUUGAUGAUGAUUACUAUGAAGGCUUUGACCUGGAGGAUGAGGAUGAUGGUGAUGAAGCGUGUGGCCUCAACUCUCUCCUGUGGUACCAUGGGAAAAUCAAGCGAUCUGCAGCUGAGUCUUUGUUGGAAGAGAACCGCAUGCACGGGGACGGCACCUUUUUGGUCAGGGACAGUGACAGAGGGGGGCUGGCCUUGUCUUUCUUAGUUCAAGGGGUAAUAACUCACACUCAAAUAAAAACAAGAUUUGACUCAGAGGGGAGGAAACAGUAUUUGAUUGGCAAUGAGGUGUGGCACAACUCCCUGGCCGACAUGUACAAGUUUUAUAAAACUCACAAGCUCACCUACAAAGAGAGGGGCCUCAGCAUCAACUUAACUUAUGCAGUCUGUAAAUUGGACUUUGUUUAUCAACCCUGGUAUUAUCGCUAUGUUGACCGUGUGACAGCCGAGGACUUUCUCCGAAGAAUUCCUAAAGAUGGUGUGUUUUUAGUCCGGCCAAGCUCAGUGGAAGAUAGUUUCUCUCUCACACUCAGGUUCUGCCGCAGAAUAUCCCACUACCAAAUAGAUUACAAAAAAGGGAAAUUUGUACUUGGCAAGUUCAGAUUUUCCUCCAUGGAGAAGCUGAUAGAGUACUUCAAGCGCCACCCACUGUACAAGUCAGCCAGACUCACUCAGGCAGCAUCUAAUGACAUGGUGGAUGAAACAGUGGAAGAUGAGAUGUACUGUGCACCUGAGGUUUACUCCAUGGUGUCAGCAGCUGAAAAAUUGGUGACUGUUAGGGCUAUCUUUGAUUUCCAUGGGACUUCAGAUGACGAGCUAUCUUUCAAACGAGGUGCAUUAAUUUCCAAUGUUGUUGUAGCUGAUGAGGCGUGGUGGAGAGGGGACCAUGCUGGCUUUGUGAAUAAAUUAUUCCCUGCUAAUUAUGUGGAACUGGUUGACAAAGAAAAUGGAUCUGGCAUAGGUUCUGAUGCUCCAGCAGAGAGCAUACUAGCGCUUGCUGAUUGCCAUUUUGAUGAAACCAAAUCCAGAGACAGCAUGCACUAUUUCACACUCACCCAUCGCAAUCUGCUUGGAAACCUGCAGAUUGGGUCAAAGGUUAAGGCUGAGAUUGAAGAGUGGCGUACUUUUGUUAUUAACUACAAAGCAAAAAUAAAUUCAGAGACCUUAGAAAUGCAGAGACAGGAGAGAGCUAAAAACAUUGCACAGGAGUUGUCUGACUUGGUUGUUUACUGUCAAGCUGUGCCCUACAGUCCCAAUAGAUCCUUGAGAUUUUAUGAGAUAUCAUCAUUCAGUGAGGAGCGUUUGGAUCCUGAGAUGAUUCACUAUAACCAAAUCCAACUGAGUCGAGUGUACCCAAGGUUUUUGCGCCUGUCCUCCACCAACUUUGAUCCCAUCCCCAAGUGGAACAUUGGCUGUCAGAUGGUUGCCAUGAACUACCAGACUCCAGGCAAAGCCAUGCAGAUCAACCAGGCUAUGUUCCUUCAGAAUGGGAGGUCAGGUUACGUCCUGAAGCCGAGGUUUAUGAAUGAGAGCCACUACAACCCAGCUGAUAUCCACUCACUCAAGGUUCACGUGGAGUCUGUUGUCCUCUCCGUCUCAGUCUUAGGGGGCCGUAACCUGGGUGUCUUGAGCUCAGGAAUGGGAGUUACCCAACCUUUUGUUGCAGUGGAGGUCUUGGGGCUUCCACUUGAUAGCCAGAGAGAAAGAACCAGGAUGUUGAAUAGUAAAAAUAGUCUGAAUCCCAUCUGGAAAAAUGAAACUUUUGUGUUUCAUAUAACUUGUCCAGAUUUAGCAUUUGUUAGAUUUGAAGUUGGCAGUGAGGACAAUGAAGGAGCUUAUCUUGGCCAGGCAACUUUCCAUCUGAAGAGUAUCCGUGCUGGUUAUCGUAGUGUACAUUUACUGAAUACAUACAGUGAACCACUUGGAAUGUCAACAUUGUUGGUUUAUAUUGACUUGAAGAAUCCAAAGGAAGAGGAAGAGAAAAAUGUUUUCCGUAUUGUGGAGGAAACCAGAAAACUGUAUGCAGAGUUAUCCAGCUCAGAUGAGAAUGACAGACGACGCAGGGAGAAGUUGCUGGAGACAGAACAAAAACUGUUGGAGUACCUGGACAGGAGCAGGAUCACAGGAAUGCGUAGAACAUGGAGGAGAUAAGCACAGAAAGAAUUGCAUGCUGGGACCACAGAAAGAAUUGCAUGCUGGGACUAUUUGUUGAAGCCUGUGUACAUUUUUUUCCCUUGCAUCUUGAACAAAACCACAAACAGCAAGCUCAUCAAAUUUAAUUAAAAUUGUGCACCUGGAUUUUGUUUAGCAAAUUUUCUUGUUAGCUGUUACAUUUUCCAUCUAUUUUUCUUCCAGCAGGUUGUACUCAGUGUAGCAAAAAUUGCACUGUUAAUAAUUCAAAGUUUACAGUACUAUUUUUUGUUACUGCUACAUAUUUCAGACUACAAUAUAUUUCAUAAAGCUACUAGUGACAUUCUUGGUUAUUCCACCUGAUAGAACCAUUUAUUUCAUGCUUACAAAAUUCUCUGUUUAGUGUUCAUCAUUGCUAACAAUAUUCUCGGUUAAGUGUUCAGUGAAAGUAACUUGCUCAAUACAUUUUGUUUCGGCAUUUUUUGCUCAUUUUAAAGAUACCUGUGCUAUUUUGCAUAGUUUAGACAUAUUUCACUGUACAUAGCUGUCCAUUUGUUUUUUAUUGAAAUUUUUAUUAUACUUUCAAUCUUUCUAAACUUGAAAACAAGAAUCUACAACUGUUCUAAUCUCUUUAGUUUCUGCAUAAUGUCUUAAGAUGAUUUGUUAUUGCUGUGAUAACAACUGAUCACGUCCAUCUCCACCAAUACUCGGUCUGUUCUCUGUUGGCUUCUCUAUCAGAUCAAACUUUAAAGACCAAACCAGGAUUUGUCCAUUUUUAAGAUAAUGAAGUGUUUUUUCAUAAUUGACAUUCUGUUGAGCAGAUGAAGUAGAGCUCUUCUGUGGUAUUGCCAUGGUGAAAAAAGACGACAUAUUUUCAAACCACCUCUGCUUCCUCUACUUUAGAUCUGGGUGAAUUCUAGCACCUGUAACAGACUUUAUGUGAAGAUCCAAGCUCAGAACUUCUGUGUUGGCUAUGAUAAAUUGUAUGGACAUACUUGCCUUGACAGAGACAUAUACUACAGUAAUUGACCACUGGCUCACAUUGGAUGAAUAGUUUAUCAAUGACCAAAUGAGAACCAUUCAUAUGUCAUGUUGUUGUUAUUUGUUUACAUUUGUUGAAGUUACCAAUGAUACUGGGGUUUUUUAAAUCCAAAACUAUUGUAUGAGGUCCAAAAAGCUGCAUUUUUACAGUAAUUUUUUUUUUACAAAAAUAUACAAAUAAUUGUUACUAUGUUAGUUAUGCAUAAAUUUGUUUCAAAAAUGUGCUCAGUACACCAAAAUAUUUUUACAGACUUAUGAAAAGUUUAUUCUACUAUUUGUUAUUAUUAAAUAAGCUUACUGUUUUCUAUUGUUCCCGGUUAAACAAAGCUUGAUAAUUUCUUGUUAUUAAAUCAUGUUGAAGAUAGUAUAUUUUGACUGUAAAUCCAAAAUAGCAAUUAAUUUUUAAUUUCCAAUCCUUUAUUAAAAUUGUGCAACGUAUUAUGUUACACUUGAAAAAUAUUUGCAUGCAAGUUUCAGACAUUUUAAAAUUGUGCUCACCAAGCUUGCUUAUCGCCAAUAUGAAUAUAAAUUGAUUCUACACAAAAAAGUGAACAUGUUGCAUUAGUCUUCUAUACAGUCAAGCUUUUUGUUUAAUUCCAUUUCAGCUUUGUGAAAGGGUUUGAUCAGUAUUAAAAUACACAGCUUGAGUAAUAUUUCACACAAGUCUUUGUGUGUUUACAACACAAUUCUAUGCAUGUUUUUCCCAUUACUUGUUCAUAUGCAAGUGUGUGAAACUGCAUGCAAAACUAUUUUGUUUUAUAUACAAAGUUUUUAGUGUUUACAUAAUAAUGAACUUAUUAAAUCUUCGCCUUAUUUAGGCAGCAGUUUCUGCAGUAUGACAUUUAUUGCAGGAGAAUUUCAUGCACUCAAACAGUAAAUAUAAUUUUAAACUUUAAUUUUUGUUUCGUGUAGUUGAAAGAUUUUUUAAUUGUAACUGGCCAUGUAUUAAUAGGGCAUGUGGUAUUUUCUGUUGAAUCUCUGUUGAAAUUGAUGAAAAUAAAAGUGAUUAAUUAAAACAGAUGUAUUCAAUCAAAAUGACCAAUUCAGGUGGUAAGAUUAAUUUAAUUUGCAUGGUGGGUGAAAUUAAUGCCUAGCUCAAUCACUGUUAUUGUAACAGAGUAUUUUUUACUGUUGUUUGUUAUAAUUCUGAAUUAUAUUGGUGAAAGUAACGAAUAUAUUGCUAGCACAAGUGCCAUUUUUUUUAAAAUAAAAUUCUUAUGUAAUUUGAAUAUAUUUCAUUCACAAGUGCCUUUUCUAUUAAUUAAAAUUUAUUUUUUAAUCUUUCAUUCUUUGCCUAAGCUACAUCAUUUGUGUUGAUUGUCUAUGAAUACCUUUAUCUUUUGUUACAUUCAAAGUCAAUCAUCAUUUACAAUCAAAUAGAAGCAAUUGUGUGAUUGUAACCUUUUUAAAAUCACUUGUUUAUUUUGUUGUAUGAUUUUUCAAUAUCAAACCAAAAAGAUAUCUUAUGCAAUUUUUUAAUGCAUUUUUUCUAAUAAACAUAUCUCUUUUCUGUUAUAUAAAAUAUUAAAGAUGCUAUAUGCUUAAUGACAAGUCUAUAAAAAUCCAGUAUAUUUUCCCACCCCUUUGAACAAACAUACCUGCUUUUUUAUCCUAAGCAUAUCAAGCUUUGAUCUACAUAUUGUGUUGUUGCUAUUAUUGAAUGUCUUCCAUAUAUUUCAAACAUGGCCAUAAUAACCCUCUGUUGUUUUCAAUAUGAAUAAA